CCUAUAAAUUUUUUGUUUUCUUUUUAAUGAAGUAAAAUUCACAAUAUAUAAAAUUAGCCAUUUUAGAGUGCAUAACUCGAUGACUUUUACUAUAGUUACAAUCAGUUUUAUCCCCCAGAUGGGGACUCCAGGCUCCUCAGCCCCUGGUGGCCACACCCCUGCUUUCUGCCUCCAUUCUAUACCUAUCCUGCUGUCCGUGUGGGUUCUGCACGUUCCCGAUAAUUGGGGCCUACGUCCAAUAAGUAGCUUUUUGUGUUGGGCGUCUCUCGGGGAGUAUAUUUCCAAGACUGAUCUGCACUGAGCAGGUGUAAAUUCUGUUCCCUCACACGGCGGAACAGUCCCCAUUGUCGGGACCCACCACAAUUGGUUAUUCCACUCAGCCAUUUCAAGUUUGAUUUCUGAGGGGGUGGAAUUCAUUUCUCGCAUCUGCAAUGCCUGGUAUAGUGCCCGGGGCAGCAGAAUGGUGGUCCGCGAUGCGGCGUACAGAUCUGCACAUGGUGCAGAGCUCAAGGGCACAUGGCUGAGGGGCAGUCUGGCUCGACUCAGCGGGAGCCGUAUCUACGAUGAAAGGUCUACCCUGUUUCCCACUGGCAAAGGCGCCUUUUGGUGUAGGAAGAGCUCUAGAACAGGAGGUGAGGAACGGAGUUGACGGUAACCUGCAUCACCGAGCGUAAUUAGCUCCCUGGAAGUCCAGGGGGAAACAGUCUCUCUGUGCACCAACUAGAAGGCUUCCGUCCUCUUCUUCCUGCUUCCGUUUCAUGCAUUCCUCACGUUCGGUUUGAGACCCCUCCUGCCGGACACUUAGGGGGUGACGGCUACGCCCCCACGGCGGAUGCUCCCGGAAGUGGCCCGCUCUCACACGGGGUGUUGCAGGCUCCCUGAGUUGGGCCUUGAUUUCCUGGAGUUUGUUCUCAACCCGUCACCCCGAAGUACAUUUCAAGCCGCCAGCCAGACCAGGGGCGGCUCCGUUCCAAAAGACUCCAAGAGUCCUUCCCUGUGCUGGUGCAGAUUAAAAAAACCUGAAGGUUUUUCCAGGCUCUGCAGCUGCUCCAUCCCCCCCUCCUGCUGUCAGGGUCUUGCCUCCGUGCUCCUCAGCGCCCAGCGGCUGGAGACGCUGGACCUGGGCCAGAAUAUCCUGGGGCGGAGCGGAAUAACGGUGCUCUUGGAGGCUUUGAAACAGAAUAAUGGCCCCUUGAAGAGCCUCAGGUUGGAGAUGGAUGAGUCUAGCACGGAAAUCCAGAAGCUACUGAAGGAUGUAAAAGACAUCAACCCGAAUCUGACCAUCGAGUGCAGUGAUGCCAGAGCCACCAGAUCUCUGUGGGGUGAGCUGCUGCCUUUACACCCUGAGGACCUUCUUAGUGACCCGGUACCUUGAAGGGGGUGAUCUGAUAGCUCUAAGGCCCACUGUGAAUGAAGCCCCGACGAUCAAAUGUUAAUCCCUGGGUCAGAAUGUACAACCUAGUGCUGGCUUUCUGUCUCCGGUUUAAAGUGAAUUCUGCACAAGUCACACACGUGCUUAAUGUCACAAUGUCUGUUACCUCACAAGGACACAAGCAUAAUAAAAGGCAAAGAACUUUAUGUGAGGCUGUACUUAGUAAUAUGCCCACGACCUAACUUAGCGUUAACUUUCUACUUGGUAUACUUUGUCUAGGAAGAAAUAUUACUAAGAGCACAGAUGGCUAUGUUGGUUUCUUUCAUGUUUCUGCCCUAGCUCAGGUAUUUCU